UUGCAUAUCCACCAACGACUAUUUCGAAGCGUAAUAAAUAUGCAUACGUUAAGCCUCCUCCGGGUAAAAAUUUUCUUGUUGGAGGGAGAGCGAGCGAGCUAGCCGAGAAACGACUGCUUCCGCCGUGCGAAAAAAGCGGAGGUGAGAGAGCGCGAGAUAGAGAGAGAACCAUAAGAACAAGAGAGCAGUCAAAAAAAAAAAAAAACUUUUUUUUCCUUGAGCUUUUGAAAUCUCCGCCCUCAAAUCGUCUAUAUGUGUUUGAUCUCUUCCCUCCCCCUGCCCUAACGGAUGCCGGAGAGAGUUGACGGAUCUCUCUUCCCGCUAGCUUCUCUCGAUUCCACUCCAGAUCUUCUUAUCGGAUGAUCUCCAUUGCUGUGGCAGCUCCAAAGUAAAUUUAUAAUGAACCAAUAACUCAUGCAGCAUUGGGCUACUCUGUAGAUUCUGCAUAAUGUUCUGUAUUUUGGUGUCUGAUGGUUGGAGCUGAUGAGAUUAGAAGGAAUGAUGAUGUUCAGGUUGUUGUGAUGAGAAGAACGAAAUGAAGAUACCUCAGGCGUGGCAGCUAGGCAUUGGGGACCAAUAUAAAAUGCCGGUGCCGCGCCACAGACCCAGCUCAAGAAGGCCUAUCUGGAUAAUUGUUUUAAUAUCUCUGGUUUGUGUCUUAUUGAUAGGGGCAUAUAUCUAUCCACCCCAGCAUUAUCCAGCAUGCUAUUUCUUUGCAUCUAGUGUUUGCGCUCCUUUUGAGGAAUGGUUUCCUGCUAUGCCCGCUCGGAUACUUACUGAUGAUGAGAUGGCUUCUCGUGUUGUCAUUAAAGACAUCCUUUCAAUGCCAUUAGUUCCAUCAAAGAAUCCCAAAAUUGCUUUCAUGUUCUUGACGCCAAGAUCCUUGCCCUUUGAAAGGCUGUGGGAGAAAUUCUUCCUGGGCAAUGAGGGAAGAUUCUCCAUCUAUGUACAUGCAUCAAGGGAAAAGCCAGAACAUGUGAGUCCCUUAUUUAUUGGUCGAGAUAUUCAAAGUGAAAAGGUGGUGUGGGGGACAAUUUCUAUGGUUGAUGCAGAGAAGAGACUAUUGGCAAAUGCACUCCAAGACACUGAUAAUCAGCGUUUUGUAUUGCUUUCUGACAGUUGCAUUCCACUACAUGAUUUUGAUUAUGUGUAUAAUUAUCUGAUGGGGACAAACAUCAGCUUUAUUGACUGCUUUCAGGAUCCCGGCCCACAUGGAAAUGGAAGGUACUCUAAGCAUAUGCUGCCUGAGGUUGAAGAAAGGGACUUUAGAAAGGGUGCACAGUGGUUCUCAGUCAAGCGGCAACAUGCUUUGUUAAUUUUAGCAGACAGCCUUUACUACACGAAAUUCAAGCUUUAUUGCAAGCCAAAUAUGGAUGGACGUCAUUGCUAUGCUGAUGAACAUUACUUGCCAACCCUUUUUCAUAUGGUUGAUCCUUCUGGAAUUGCCAAUUGGUCAACAACACAUGUAGAUUGGUCUGAAGGAAAGUGGCACCCAAAAGCAUAUCGGGCUCGAGAUGUUACUUAUGAACUCCUGAAGAAUAUAGCGUCUAUUGAUGAGAGUUAUCAUGUUACAAGUGAUGAAAAGAAAGUCGGAACGUGGAGGCCUUGUUUGCGGAAUGGGGUGAAAAGACCAUGUUAUUUAUUUGCCAGGAAAUUUUAUCCUGAAGCUCUUGAUAAUCUGAUGCAUUUAUUCUCCAAUUAUACGGCCAUAUGAGUCAUCCACAUGGUCAUCAACCAUUCUUUGGCUCUCCCAGUGCAUUCUGGCUGGUUUGGGUAUAUGGGACAAGGCUGGUGGUGCAAUUGGGUUUAUUUAGAUUCAUGUGUCGCAGAGUAGGGCUAAAGUGGCUGUCUUGGUAUACUAUGCCCUUUCCCAGGUAGUCUGUUCGGAUUUUUUUUUUUUUCUUUGCUUUCUUUUGUUGAGUUCUUGUUUGGUUCACUUAUUUUGUAAUUAUUCUGCCAUUUGAACAACAAAUUUUGUUAGUCUAUUUAAAUGUUAUAAGGUGAUCCAUUUUUUUUAUAGAGACGAAGAAAGUUUAUAAACCACAUUUCUUCUUGCAAGCAUCCUUCCGGGCAAUAUUCCUUUUUGCGGUAGAACAUCUGAGAAGCUGCAUAAUGGUCCAAAUUUAUCAAA